AUGAGGAAUAACCUGAUCUUCACCGGUAUCGAGGAGGACAACACAACCGGAAAUGAACCUCCGGCGGUCACCGAGAACAAGCUGCGCGCCUUUCUACAGGAGAGGCUUAAAAUAGCAAAGGAAGCAGUCGAUGCGAUGCGCUUUGAGCGCGUCCACCGUUCACCAUCGCAUCCGGUUACAGGGAAGGUGCGCUCUGUCGUUGCAAAAUUUGCCUUCUUUAAAGAUCGUGAGGUGGUGAGGCGUCAGUGGCCGGAGUUGAAAGGCAUGCCUUUCAAUGUUUUCGAACAAUUUCCUUCUGAGAUUCUGGAGAAACGGCGGCGUCUUGUUCCGAAGAUGAAAGAAGCCAAGAGGAAUGGCAAGCGAGCCUGGAUUGCGUAUGAUACGCUGUAUAUUGAUGGUCGACCAGUGAGCCAAUAG